AUUAACGGUGGUGCUGCUAGCGAUCGCGUCGGUUGGCAGGUUGGCCCACGGUGCCAACAUCCUUUGCCUGAUGGCGGUCCCCAGCCCAAGCCAUCACAUCUGGAACCGUGUGCUGGUGGAUGCGCUUGCCGCACAGGGCCACAAUAUGACGGUGGUGUCGCCGGACAUUGAGCGUAAGCCGAAACCGAACGUUACGUACAUCCAUCUGGAGAAGACGUACGAUGCGAUCCACGAGGGUUCGACAGCGAUCGAUUUCUACGAAAUGGGACAGUCGAGCAUUGUGGAGAGCAUGAAGAUAUUCUACAACUACGGUAUCUCGAUGUGUGUCGGUAUACUGAACUCGGAGGGAUAUCGAACGAUCAGCAACUAUCCGAAGGAUUACAAGUUCGAUCUGGUGCUGUACGAUUUCUCCUGUGGGCCGUGCUUGCUCGCGAUCUACCAUCGGUUCGGCCAGCCGCCGUUGGUUGGUGUGACGGGUUUCAACAUUCCACCGUACACGACGGAUCUGAUCGGUGGCCACAAGUACUACGCUUACGUGCCGUACUACACGCUAGACUACGAUACCAAUAUGAACUUUUUCCAGCGCUUCUACAACGCAGCUCUGCAUUGGAUCGAUUACUUCUAUCGCAACUAUGUGUUCCUCCCGAAAACCGAUCUUAUCGUACGGGCGCACGAGAAAACGAAAGAUUUCCCCUACCUGGCUGAUAUGGAUCAGAAGAUGAUGCUGAUGCUAGUGAACUCACAUCAUUCGGUCGAUUUUCCCGAACCCAUCCCGCAAAACAUGAUCCCGGUCGGGGGGCUGCAGAUCAUACCGCCCAAACCGUUGCCGAGCGAUCUAGACCGGUUCAUACGAGCCGGCAAGAAGGGUUCGGUACUGUUUUCGCUCGGCACGAACGUGCUCAGCAAGGAUCUAGGUCCCGAACGAAUCAAAGCGUUCCUGCAAGCAUUCCAGCAGAUGCCAGCCUACAACUUCCUGUGGAAGUUUGAAACCGAUCUACCAUUUGAUCUUCCACCGAAUGUAAUGAUCAAGAAGUUUUUGCCACAGAACGACAUUCUUGCCCAUCCGCACAUCAAGGGCUUCAUGACGCACGGUGGACUGCUCAGUACACACGAGGCAACGUGGCACGGCGUGCCGAUGAUUGGACUGCCUGUGAUCGCUGAUCAGUAUCGGAAUCUCGCGAAAUCUAUCCGUGCGGGUGUGGCGGAAAAGAUAAGCCUGUGGGAUUUGACUACGGAAAAAAUUCGCAACACAGUCCUGAAGGUGCUGGAAACACCACGGUACAGAGAGGCCAUGAGCGUACGAUCGGGACUGUUCCGAGAUCAGCCGGAAACUCCACUGGAGCGUGGUGUCUGGUGGGUGGAGUGGGCAUUGCGACAUCCGAACGCGAAAACCAUCCAAUCGCCCACACUGGAACUAGGCCCGUGGAAGAGUGAACUGUACGAUGUGAAGCUUUGCCUAGUGCUAGCCGUACUGUUUGUAUUCUACCUUCUGCACAAAGUGAGCAAAGCUCUACUUUCUAAGUCGCCUCAGUCAGGCAAAACGAAGAAGAAAGUUCAAUACUUGUGGGUGCUAGCUGAUGCUGCUAACAUUCUUUGCCUAACGCCAGUCCCCAGCCCUAGCCAUCACAUAUGGAAUCGCGUCUGGAUCGAGGCACUAGCCGCAAGAGGGCACAAUUUAACGGUGGUAUCAGCGGAUGUCGAAAGCAAACCAACACCAAACAUCACCUACAUUCACCUAGAACAUGCCUACUCGGAACUGCACAACGAUCUCGAUCUGUUUCAAAUGGCAAGCCAUGAUCCGCUGACAGGAAUCAAAGAUCUGUACACCUGGGGAACGUCUAUGUGCAAAGGAGUGCUACGUUCGAAGGGUCUCGAUGUGAUCGAAUCCUAUCCGGACGCGUUCCGGUUCGAUCUCGUCAUUGCGGACAUCACCUGUGGACCGUGUCUGUUCCCGCUGAUACACAAGUUCCGCUAUCCGCCGCUGAUCGGUGUGACGGCGUACAACAAUCCACAGUUUACGACGGAUUUCGUUGGUGGACACAAACACUACGCGUACGUACCAUUCUUUACCCUGAACUACGAUUCGGACAUGAGCUUCCUGCAGCGGUUCUACAACUGGGUGCUGCACAAUGUCGAUCAUAUCUAUCGCCAUCACAUCUUUCUGCCAAGAAUUGAGCACCUGGUGCGGAAUCAUUUCCGCUACCGAGGCAUGCCUUCGUUGGGGCAAAUAGAGCGCAAAACCUUUCUGCUGCUAGCAAACUUUCACUACUCGGUAGAUUUUGCGGAAUCUCUUCCACCGAACCAUAUCCCGGUCGGUGGACUACAGGUACUCCCACCGAAAAAGCUACCCAUCGAACUAGCCACAUUUCUAGACGCUGGUCAGAAAGGAUCAGUGCUGUUCUCGCUCGGUACAAAUGUUAGAAGUGCAGAUCUAGGGGAAGAUCGCAUCAGAUCGUUUCUCGAGGUGUUUCGCCAUCUGCGGGAAUAUAAUUUUCUGUGGAAAUUUGAAGAGAUCCCAAAGUUUGAGGUACCCUCAAACGUUCUGAUAAGAAAGUUUGUACCACAAAACGAUAUACUAGCACACCCGAACGUGAAGGCGUUCAUAACGCACGGUGGUAUGCUUAGUACGCAUGAGGCAACAUGGCACGGUGUGCCCAUGGUUGGGAUUCCUUUCAUUUGUGAUCAGUAUCGGGUAAACAUUGGCCGCACUAACCUACACAAAUCGGUAACUGCUGGCGUUGCACUUCGACUACAGCAUGAUUCGUUGUCGACGGCCAACAUUGAAGCUGCCCUCCGGGAGAUACUCACCAACACCAGCUAUCGAGCGAGCAUGAGCCACCGUUCGGCAUUGCUUCGCGAUCAACCAGAGCAUCCACUCGAUCGUGCCGUGUGGUGGAUCGAGUGGACCCUACGUCAUCCGAACGUGAGGGCUAUUCAAUCGCCGACGAAGCGAAUGUCAUUCUGGGUGUACGAGCUGUACGAUGUAAAGCUGGCGCUGAUACUACUGCUCGGUCUGGCUGUAUAUUACACUAAGCGACUAUUUGCACGCUUUAACAAACGCUCGUAUCUCAUGUGCAAAUUGUGCCUCUCCUGGCUCCUGGACGCUAGCAGUCGGACAGUCAGUAUGAUAACCGCGAUGCGUCCGAACGUACCGUGCGUUGUCACACUAUUAUCUCUAGCUGCGCUGUCAGCUGAUUGGUAUGGCGCCGUGCAGGGAGCCAACAUACUCUGCAUCAUGACCGUCCCAAGUCCUAGUCAUCACAUAUGGAACCGUGUCAUCAUGGAGGAGCUAGUAGAUCGGGGCCACAACUUAACGGUGGUGUCUCAGGAUGGCGAUGCAUCACGCACCAACCUUACCUACAUUCUGCUCGAGAAAGUGUACUCCACACUGUACGAAGAUGAAGGACUUGAUCUGCUAGAAGUAUCAAAAGAAACACCGUUCCAGUCGUUGUUUACCUUCAAAGAGUUCUAUCUGGGCAUGUGCCGAGGGGCACUGAAAUCGGACGGCUUGAACGUGAUCCUUAACUAUCCGGACAGCUUUCGGUUCGAUGUGGUGCUGUACGACUUCGGUUGCGGUCCAUGUCUGUUGCCAUUGUUGCACAAAUUUAACUACCCACCGUUGAUCAGUCUAACGGCGUUCAGCAAUCCACCGUACUCGGUGGACAUUGUUGGAGGGCACAAACAUUACGCUUACACGCCUCACUUUGCGCUACCGUACAGCUUCGAUAUGUCCUUUACUGAGCGGAUGUACAAUACGUAUCUCUGCCUGUGGGAUGCUGGCCUACGAAUGUUUGACAUCAUGCCAAAGCUGGACACGAUGGUUAGGGACCGCUUUGCGUUCGAAAGCAUGCCCUUCAUACGGGACAUUGAGCGACGCACGGUGCUAAUGCUCGUAAACACCAAUCCAACGUUUGAUGCACUCGAACCACUGCCCCCGAACGUUAUACCGAUCGGUGGAGCACACAUCAAGGAACCGAAACCGCUGCCAGCAGAUCUGGAAGCGUUUGUGGCGAAAGCUAAAAAGGGGGCCGUGCUGUUUUCGCUCGGUUCAAACAUACGAUCGGACAUGAUCGGUGAGGAACGGCAGCGAAUGUUCAUCGAAGCAUUCCGUCAAAUGCCGGACUAUCAGUUCCUGUGGAAGUUUGAAUCAGUCCUAAACAUUCCUCUGCCACCGAAUGUGAUCAUCCGACCGUGGUUGCCGCAGAACAGUAUUUUAAGUCAUCCCAGCACGAAAGGAUUCAUUACCCAUUCGGGAGGUCUAAGCACACAGGAAGCGUCCUGGUUUGGUGUACCGUUGAUAGGGAUGCCGUUCUUUGUCGAUCAACAUCGGAAUCUCAAACGAUCGUUGAUAGGUGGUGUGGCCGAAAAGCUAGACUUUAGCUCCCUGUCCAUCGACACGAUACGCUCGACCGUUUUAAAGGUGCUGGAAACACCAAGCUAUCGUGAAAAUAUGCAACUUCGUGCCAUGUAUUUUCGCGAUCAGCCCGACAAACCACUCGAUCGUGCUGUGUGGUGGAUCGAAUACAUUGUGCGGCAUCCGACCGUUCAGCAUCUUCGUUCACCAACGCUUAAACUUGGUACCUUCAAAGCGAAUCUAUUGGAUGUUUACUCGUUCUUUGUGGGUGUUGUUGUACUUGUUGUGUCGUUGAUCGUGUACAUAGUAAGACGUACAUUAUGCCGUCGUCAGCGGCAAGUGAAAAAGAAGCGACAGUGA